ACUGCGACAUGCCUUCCUCGAUAGCGAAUGGAAGCAAAGAGCACCACAACAAAUUCGAUGCUCUCUCGCUUCAACUAUCCAGAGCUUCUACGCUGGUCGACCAUCAUCCGGACACAGUUCCACAUGUCCAUUUCGAAGGCCGGGAGUUCUAUGAUCCUCAUGCAACCUGGACACCCGAGGAGGAGUCCAAAGUCAAGAGAAAGACUGAUAUACGGCUUCUCGCCUGGCUGUCGCUCAUGUAUUUUGCCGCACAACUCGAUACCACGAAUAUGUCAAACGCUCUCGCCGAUAACUUUCUACAUGACCUCGGGUUCACUAUGACGGAAUAUGGUAAUGGUACGAUGAUCCACCGGAUCUGUUGGUUGAUUGCGGGACUGCCAUCACAAACGAUCGCCAUGCGCUAUGGAUACCGAUUCAUAUAUCCCGGCUUGAUGUGUGCUUGGGGUGCUGUAGCCUGGACUCAAGCAUGGAUACAAAGCGAAGCUGGAUUCUAUCUGUGCCGAGCGUUGACGGGAUUGCUUGGAGGGGCUUUUGGGCCGCUGACUGUGAUGUGCUUAUCCAAUUUCUAUACUAACAAAGAGUUGGGCUUUCGAAUUGCAAUCUUGGCCUCUGGGAUCAAUGUCGCAAAAGCCUUGUCCUCCUUACUGGCUGCUGGCUUACUUAAUAUGCGAGGAGUGGCUGGCAAGCCAGGCUGGUUCUGGUUGAUCUUGAUCAACGGCUUGCUGAUUUUCAUGAUUGGUCUUGUGGGUUUGUUUUACCUACCCUCGGGACCGACGAGGACUCAAACCGUUCUCUGGAGGAAGCCCUGGUUUUCGAAGAGAGAGCAAAGUAAGCUUUAUGUCAUGUCUGAGGUUCAAGGUGUGCUGAUGUUAAAAGUGAUUAUGGUCAAUAGGCUACUCAGAGACGACAUUUCGAAGGGUAGAAUCGGUACCAAGACGCACAUCAGUAUGCGUGAUAUCUGGAACACCCUAAAAGAUCCAGAGCCCUAUCGCCCAGUAUCUUGUGCUCAACCUGAGGCAACUCGGCUUUUCGAGAUUCAAGAGCAGCGUUUUGACGAUACCUUCGGACCUGCUUCGCGUUGUUACUGUACUCACUCUUACAAGAAGCAUAUGAUACCAACGUGCAUAGAGAUACCCUUGUUCAUGACGUUGUUACUCUUACCUUCGCAUGGCUAUGCUUGGGCCAGAUUUGCCAUCUCCACGCUUAUCAUUGGAGCGCCCAGCGCCCAUCCUCUGAUGGUUUCUUGGAUCAGUUGCAAUAGCUUCGAUCCCAAGAAACGCGGCAUAGCUGUUGCUCUGUUUGGUACCAUCCAAGAACUUGGCAGUGCCGUAGCUGCACAGAUAUACAGAGAACAGGACAAGCCGUACUAUUACACUGGCAACAAAGUUCUCAUAUCGAUAUGCGCAGCAGCUAUAGUGGUCAUAUUGACACACAGAGGAGUGCUGAGAUAUCUCAAUCGCAAAAAGCGAAGGGCUUGGGAGGACAUGAGCGAGGUUGAGCAAAGAGACUAUGACCGAACCAAGGGACAUCGUAUCGGAAACAAGACUCUGACAUUUGCUUUUAGCUAC